AUGCUCAACCCGAAUGAUAUAAACAACACCGCAAGUUUAACUCCUGCCUCAGCGGCAGCAGAAUUGACGGUGACGCCGACGCUAAUCGAACUCGACGGGGACGCCCAGCUGACGCCCAAUGACGCCAGCAGCAAUGUCAGCAUGCAGAUGGACUUCUCCUCGGGAAAUCCCUCUCCGGGCAGCAUCGCCGUCGGCAGCGGCAGCAGCAAUGACGGCGGCAGUCUCGAUGGCAGAUCAAAUCACUCGGCCUCCUCCACCAAAGGCCCCGAUGCCUUCAGAUCGAACCUCAGCUCACCGAGCGGCUCACCGCCGCCACCGGCGCCGCCGGCAGUGCUUGGCCGGCACUCACAAUCUCCUGAAGAAGAGGAGGAAGAGGAGGCGACCAUUUCGAAGCAGCAGCCACCGCCGCCCGGGCCCGACCCGGUCGUCGCGGAGAUGGUGCGCGCCACGCAGUACGGCAACUUUGACCGGUGCCGGCAGCUGAUCGAGGCGGAGGGCUUCGACAUCAACCGCCGCGACGCGGAGAACGUGACGCUGCUGCACUGGGCGGCCAUCAACAACCGCCUCGAGCUGGUGAAGUACUACAUCGCCAGGGGGGCGGUGGUGGACGCCAUCGGCGGCGACCUCAAGUCGACGCCGCUGCACUGGGCCACCCGCCAGGGCCACCUGGCGAUGGUGGUCCUCCUGGUGCAGCACCGCGCCGACCCCUCCCUCUUCGACGGCGACGGCUUCAACUGCCUGCACCUGGCGGCGCAGAUGGGCUUCACCUCCAUCGUCGCCUACUUCAUCGCCAAGGGCCAGGACAUCAACGCGCCCGACCUGAACGGCAUGACGCCGCUCAUGUGGUCGGCGCUGCGCAAGAACACGGUCGACCCGACGCAGAUGCUGAUCACCCUGGGCGCCAGCCUCUCGCUGACGGACCGCAACCGCAAUACGGCGCUGCACUGCGCCGUCCUCUCCAAGAACGCCACCGCCGUCAGUCUGCUGAUGAAGCACGGCGCCAAUCCGCAGUUCAAGAACAUCGCCGGCGACACGCCGGCGGACAUGGCGGCCAAGUUCAACCUCAAGUGGAUCUCCUCGCUCUUCAACGAGUACCGCCGGCGGGGUGAGGCGAAGCAGCCGCUCGCCCGCUUCAAGCUCUCGCCCUCCGCCACCAGCGAGGUGCGCAUUCCCUCGCCGCGGGACCCGCAGUUUCGCUACUACGCAAUGGCCGCCACGCCUCUCAUCUACUUUUACCUGAUCGGCAAGCUACUGCAGUGUGAUGUACUCAUGUCCACGAAGGCCUUCGCCUUCAUCGCCCUCAUCGGCUCACUAUAUCUCUGUGUCACCUUCGUCUUUGACACAACGCAGCUCAACGUACUGGCCAUCUCGCUGUACCUGUCGACCAAGUUCUGGCUCUACGUCACCUUCUUCCAGUACUUUGUUUUUGUACUUUCUCCACUGGACCUCUUUCUCUUUCUCCUCGCCUCCACCUGGCUCUUCUACAGCUUCUACAAGGCCUGGCGCAGCGACCCGGGCUACGUGGCCAACAGCAGAGAGGAGCAGAUUAAGACCAUUGUGGACAUGGCAGAGCACGAGGGCUUUGAGCCGCGCUGGUUCUGCAGCACCUGUCUGGUGCGAAAGCCACUACGGUCGAAGCACUGCAGCAUCUGCAAUCGGUGCGUCUCCCGAUUUGAUCAUCAUUGUCCUUGGAUCUCCAACUGCGUCGGCUCGCGCAAUCACAAGUACUUCAUCUGGUACCUCAUGUCGCUAAUUAUUGUGCUUAUUUACUAUUUCAUGGCUACCAUUCAGUGUAAGCAUUUUCCGUUUUGUUUGUCUUGA